CUGUUUACCUGAUGAUGGCCACGCUGUGUGUGACCAGCAGCACCGCGAGGACCCACAGAGUCUCCAGACUCUUCAUGUCCCCCCUUAGAGAGUAAGAUCAGACUCUGAGUUAGUCCUGUUUGUGGUCUGGUCCUGUGAGUCCCCCCUCAGAGAGUUAAACCAGACUCUGAGUUAGUCCUGUUUGUGGUCUGGUCCCCCUUAGAGAGUAGAAUCAGACUCUGAGUUAGUCCUGUUUGUGGUCUGGUCCCCCUUAGAGAGUAGAAUCAGACUCUGAGUUAGUCCUGUUUGUGAUCUGGUCCUGUGAGUCCUCCUCCUGGUCUCAGAGCUCCGUGUAGACCAGCAGUCUGAGGAAGAACCGAAGAACCUGCAGCUUCGGGGCUUUCCGCCUUUACUCGGUUUCCCCCGGGAUGCGACUCUCUGAUUGGAGGAGAGUAAUCAGGGACGCGCUCUGAUUGGCUGAGAGGAGUGGCUGUCAUGUAGCUUUGCAGACCUGCGCACGCAGUCACGAGUUUCACUGAGGGAGUGAAAUGAUUGAAAAGCAGAAAAAAUCCUCAGCACCUGAGAGGAAGCAGGUACCCCAUCACUUCCCCCCAAUCACACCUGUGAGGGUCUGCAGCUCAGGACAGAUCGCCACGCCCUGAAACACACCAACAUGCACACAGAGUCAAAGCGAGGUGCUGACAGAGGCGCAGGACGUACCUGUCAUCACCGUAUUCAGGAACCUUUUGCCGCCUUUCUUGUGCAGAAGACAAUGAACAACAAACACACUCACAGACCUGAUGGAAACGAGGAUACACACCCACACGUCUUCUUCUUCUUCUUCUCCUCGCUGGAUGACGGAGAGAGAGCAGAGAGCAGAGAUGACAUCCGUGGCCUGACGAGGCUUCAGGUAUUCAGACGCAUGGGAGAGACUCUCUGACACUGGAUUUAUAACCAGAGGACGACAUGACGCCGCCCAAACCCCCCAGGAAGAACUGGCCACUGAAGACCGCCGUCGCCUCCUCCUCUGAGGAUCCACAGAUGACCUGGGAGGGCGCCGAUGCUUCGAAGCCUGCUGUCUCAGAUGGAAGUCAGUUAGAGGUCAUUAGGAAGCCUGUCCCGCGUCCCCGGACUUUAAAAAAAACACCUAAGGAUCAGGGUAACGACACGGCAACUGACUCUGAAGACUCAACCAGCAACGCAACAAGCAACGCAACAAGCAACGCAACCAGUAACUCAACAAGCAGUGGAGAGAGUUCCCCGCUCACUGAAUCCUACGCUGACUGCAGGAAGCUUCGUCCCGUCCGUCCUCCUCCUCCAAGAGCUUCCAGCAUCUAUUUGACCUCAAGUGAACUCACAGGAAGGAGUCCUGAUGAGGACAUAAAGACAGAGACGACCGUGGAGCUUCAAGCUAACGGUACAGAGAAAAGACCACCGUCUCUUCGACCGCGACCUGAACGCCCCCCUCUUCCCUCCAUCUAUUACGACACGCUACCUUGUAAAACGAAGCUCCAUCUGGAGAGCAUCCGCGAUGAGGCUCCGGGAUCCAGAUGGUCCCAUAGCUCCAUGAGCCAAACGUCAGCCUCCCCGGCUCCCUCUGAAGAAGACGGGAGUCUCAGUGAAGCCAACGAUUCAACGGACACAGAAAGACCGGUAGUUCCGCCCCGGCUCAGGCAUUCCACCUCAGAGUAUGAAUCCUCGCCCCACCAGAUGAGACAUCCUCCACCUUCUUUCUCUCCGCCACCUCCACCUUCAGUCGGGACGCUCUCAGAGAGCAUUUACAGUGCCAUAGAAUAUCGACCCUACCUGGAUGUUCUGCCAGAGGAUAACCUCAGUUUGACCCAGAGUAGGUCAACGAUGAGCUCCACGCACGGCAGCUUCUACACUCUUUACCCGCUGACCUCAGAGGACCCAGAGGACAUUAACAUGAUGCUGAGGUGGUUGAAGCGGAUGUCCAAGUCUGACUGCAUGGCUCCAUCGCUGUACGGCCUCAGCAUCUACGAGGAGAUCAGAUCAUUUAAUGACAGAGCCAUGAACGUGCGAAAGGCCCUGCGCCUCUACAACCUCCUCCUCAUGAAACGCAACGAGACUCUGCGGGACACCAUCGCAGAGAUUACCACCCUCUGUGAAAGCCUGGACAAGGUGCACAAGAAGGCUAAAACCAUGGGCAUAGCAGGAGGAACCACGGGCGCUGUGGGAGGGGUGACUGCGGUGGUGGGGAUCGCCCUGGCGCCUGCGACCCUCGGGGCCUCGCUGAUCGCGACAGCCGUCGGCGCCGGCAUGAUGGCAUCUGCCGGAGGGAUUCACAAUCACAAUUACAAAGCUGGCAAGAAGGUGGUUAACAGGACGAUGGUGGAUAAACUGAUUUAUGGAUAUAGAUCAAACGUUGUUGACCUGGAACAAUGUCUGGAGUUUAUCCUCUCUGGGAUGAACGAGCUGCGGCGACACGACAUCCCCCGGUUACAGCGAGCGGGGGCCCCACAUGAUGCAGUCAAGAUCGCGAACCUGUCCCAGUGCGUGUUCAGGAUAACCGAAGGCAGGAAGGGAUCUCACACAGACGGGGUGGCAUCUGAGAGACUACUUCAGGCUUUUAUAAAUGACAUGGAUCAGUAUUUCUCAGAGAAGAACGAGCAGAAGCUCAAGAAGUCGACCAGGAGCAAGUUCUGUGGGAGGCUUGGUCUGCUCGUUAGAAACCUGCAGAGUGAACUGGAUCACCUGAACCGGAUGUGGGAGAUGUUCAGCUGAAGGAAGGACAACUUUGAGUGUGUGUGUGUGUGUGUGUGCGUGUGUGUGUGUGUAAGGAUGGUGUAACCUGCAGGUCGUGUUUCAGCUUCAUUUAUCAGAUAUAUUUUAUUUCAGCUGAAAGAACUCUCAGUGUUUGAGUCUGUGUGAGUGAGUGUUUGUCUCAGAUGGAUUUUUUUAUAUCAUGCCUUAUUUAUCAUGUAUAUUUUAAUAAACAUAAAAACUAAAUGAAAGAACUUUUGGCUCUGGUUAAUUUUUGAU